AUGGAUGAAGAGGAAGUAAUCGUGCUUAGCGACAGCGAUGAGGAGGAGGAGGAGGCUGUGGCAUCCGGUCCGAACACAUCCCGCUACGCCCAUUGUGGUACUGGAAAUAACGAGAGACGAGACGAGCAAAGGAACCCGAAAACGUCAUCUGAAUCUGACAGUGACGACAGCGUAUCUUCGAUUUUGGAUCAGGGCGAUGACAGUCCAAAAGAGCAGUGCGAAGAGGCGCCAGAGAAUCAGAACUGUUGGAAAAAGCAUGGCCGUGAAUCGUUUUCGCAGCCCGUAGAAUCGCUAGCUUUGUACUACAACGAGAAUCGGGACUCUGAAAACAAGCCACAGAUAGACAUAGAUAAAAGGCCGAUAUCCUUGGUGCGCUUUACCUCCGAUGGCGCUUUCACGGAAAAGAAAAGACGAAAAAGGACACGGGAAGAAAUUGAAGCCGAACAGAUGUGGCUGAAUUGGCUCAUAGCGGAAGACUGUCAGAUGCAGGAUAGAUGA